GCGCUGGGCUCGGGAGGGGGGCGGCUGCGGGUGGAGGUGCGCUUCUGACAAGCCCGAAAGUCAUUUCCAAUCUCAAGUGGACUUUGUUCCAACUAUUGGGGGCGUCGCUCCCCCUCUUCAUGAUCGCGGGCAAACUUCCUCCUCGGCGCCGCUUCUAAUGGAGCCCCACCUGCUCGGGCUGCUCCUCGGCCUCCUGCUCUGUGGCACCAGGGUCCUCGCCGGCUACCCAAUUUGGUGGUCCCUGGCCCUGGGCCAGCAGUACACAUCCCUGGGCUCACAGCCUCUACUCUGCGGCUCCAUCCCAGGCCUGGUCCCCAAGCAACUGCGCUUCUGCCGCAAUUACAUCGAAAUCAUGCCCAGUGUGGCUGAGGGCGUGAAGCUGGGCAUCCAGGAGUGCCAGCACCAGUUCCGGGGCCGCCGCUGGAACUGCACCACCAUAGAUGACAGCCUGGCCAUCUUCGGGCCAGUCCUCGACAAAGCCACCCGCGAAUCAGCCUUUGUGCACGCCAUUGCCUCGGCUGGUGUGGCCUUUGCUGUCACACGCUCCUGUGCUGAGGGCACCUCCACCAUCUGCGGCUGUGAUUCCCAUCAUAAGGGGCCACCUGGCGAGGGCUGGAAGUGGGGCGGCUGCAGUGAGGACGCCGACUUCGGGGUGCUAGUGUCCCGGGAGUUUGCGGACGCGCGUGAGAACAGGCCGGAUGCACGCUCAGCCAUGAACAAGCACAACAACGAAGCGGGUCGCACGACCAUCCUGGACCAUAUGCACCUCAAGUGCAAGUGCCAUGGGCUGUCAGGCAGCUGCGAGGUCAAGACCUGCUGGUGGGCACAGCCUGACUUCCGUGCCAUUGGUGACUUCCUUAAGGACAAAUAUGACAGCGCCUCGGAGAUGGUGGUAGAGAAGCACCGUGAGUCCCGCGGCUGGGUGGAGACCCUCCGCGCCAAGUACGCACUCUUCAAACCGCCCACUGAGAGGGACCUGGUCUACUAUGAGAACUCCCCCAACUUUUGCGAGCCCAAUCCUGAGACGGGCUCCUUCGGCACCAGGGACCGAACUUGCAAUGUCACCUCCCACGGCAUCGAUGGCUGCGACCUGCUCUGCUGUGGCCGCGGCCACAACACGAGGACGGAGAAGCGGAAGGAGAAGUGUCACUGCAUCUUCCACUGGUGCUGCUAUGUGAGCUGCCAGGAGUGCAUCCGCAUCUACGACGUGCACACCUGCAAGUAGGGAGCCAGGGCACUGGGAGCGGGUGAAGCAUGUGGCUGGGCAGAUUCAACGAAGUUCUGUGGGAAGCAGGACCUAGAGCCGGGCUCAGCCCCCCACGUCAGACAGCAAGGAAUCGGACUGCUGCCAGGUGUACGUGUGGUAAAUCCCCUGGAUCCAAUCUGCCUGCUGACUGGGAGGCCUCCCUCCUUCUCAUCUUAAGUUUCUCACCCUACUCUGGAUGGUGUGUGGUUUUUAAAGAAGGGGCUUUCUUUUUAGUUCUCUAGGGUCUGAAAGGAAUAGACCCAAGGCUUAUCUUUGCACAUGUUAAAGAAAAUAAAAGUGGAAAAAAAAAUUCUACUCCAACAGAACAGGCAGGUCUAAUGUGAGCUCUCUGCCUAGUGGUAAAGACAUCAGCGUGGGCCAGAUUCUGUCUCCAGACUGCUUCUUAUGGUGACAUGCCAAGAUGCCUGUGAGGUGGGAGUCAUGGAGGAAGACAAAGCCCCCCAGUCUCCUUUUUUCUGUCAACUCCCAUUCAAACCUGAUACUUUCACAUUCUGAUAAAAGCCAUAGGUUUAGCUAGGAUAAAGGGGUAGGGAGGCCCAAGGCAAUUGUUAGAGUAGGAUUUUGAAUUUCAAAGAACUAGGAGUUCUAGGGGACCUGGCAAACUGUUUGAAGAGCAGCUUCUCAGUCUCAUUUUUUCCGUAGCCCUGUUCUGCACAAGAGGCUCUUGUGAACUGCAGUCAGAUCUCCAUCUUUUGCUGCCAUUCUGCAGUUUCCACCAUUAAUGCAGUACGGUUUUUGUGGCGGAUCUUGUAAAUAGGUUAUGUGCAGGGCGGGGAUGACAGGGGCAAGCCUUCUCCAGUUCAAAUGCCUUCCUAAAGAAAGAAGUGGUAUCUUUAGAAGGGGCCAUUCAAUCCCUCCCAGACGUGCUCACCUCAGUCUCCAUAAAAACAACUCUAGUAGAGCAGUUGGACUCUAGGUCACCUUAGUAUAAAUUAGACAGAGGGUCAGAGAGAGAGAAUAGCAAUCUAUCCCUGAAGUUCCAAUUUUGCAACUAGUAGAUAGGGAGGAAAAAAAUGAUUCUUUCAUUUCCUCUCCAAUAAGGAUACAUCUUUCUGCAUCCUUUUCUUUCUUUGGCCUGUGUGAGUAAAUAGAACUACCAAGUUCUUUCACAGAGACCUUCCAGGCUCCCCUGUAUGCUAGGGUAGCAUCAAUCCAUGCAGUUACCAAGGGUCAGGAUUAGGUGUGCAAAGGGGGGACAAGCACUCACUUGCUCCCUUGGAUAGAGCAUCUCACAGCUGAGGUCUCCUCGCUCCACACUGGUCCUCUAGAAUGUCCCGAAGGAAGCUAGCACAAUGGAAGCAAACAAUCUGACAGUAUGAAUCAAGCCAACAGCUCUAGCUAAAGGGGACCCAGAAAGAGAGGCAGCAGGGGCAUAGAAAAGAACAUGGUCUUUCUUCCUCUGUCCUCUUCUCUCUUUGGUCUCCUCACACUGACCUAACAUACCAGGUCAAGUGACCUUCCUACUUGCUCAGGCAGGCUUGCCAAGAUGGCCAUGCCUGCAUUCUCGAAUCUGCUGGCAAUGAGCCCUGCUAAAGACACACAUCCCAUUCCCUCUACAGAGAGUCUGAAGUGCCCCUGCCCAUCUCAGCUUAGACUGAAAAGUUUUAAAACAUGUCAACGGGAUAAUGCUUGCUUUGUGUGACAGUUUUUCAGCAGAAUGGAUACAAAUUUUCAAAACAGUCUUUUCAUAUCUAUGUAUUCUAUAUUAAAAGUGAUAAAGUCAUGUUUCUGGGGCGUAUUCAAGUAGCUGACAAGUAAUUAUUUAAUAAUAGUACAUUGAGUGCAUUGUAAUUAUUCCCGACGUAGUCAGGUAAUAGUAUCCAAUGGAAAUUUCCUACCACCCUGCUGUAUCCAAAGUUUUGUAAAAAGCUGUAGAAGUUGUUGAUCUUUUUGAUUUUAUAUUCAAAAAGUCUCUUUUUAUAAAUAUUAUUUAUUAUACAAUGUAUAUACCUUUGAGUUAACUAAGAUUAUAUAUUAUAUAAAUAUAUAUAUAUAUUUGGAGAAAAUAUAUUUCAUCAUGCAGUUUUUUUCUGUUAAGUCAUUAAAGAAAAGGUAAACAAACUUCAAAUGGAUACAUUGUACAAUGUGUGGAGUUUCCAGAUUAAUGCUCAGGAGUCAAGAAUACCCGAUUCUGAAUGUGGUGGCCUCACCUUUCACCCUUAAAUUAGUGGCCCAAAUUGAUGUCAUGUCCUAUGUUCUUUAAACUAGAUUAUCUGAGAUGUCAUAUAAGUAGGUCUGAUCUACUAUAGGACUUCUUACAGGCUUUGUUCUAAAUCAAUUCUAACAAACAAUUUCCAGUUUUAGAAAUAAGCAGUUUGGGCAGUUAAUUCAUUUCAUAGAGCCUCACACUCUAUAUUCACAAAUUACUACCUGACACUCAAAAGAUGCAGCUCAAGGCCAGCAGACCAUGGGGUUGGCCACUGGCUUAAUCCUUUCCUUCCCUAUGUUUUCAGCUCUAUUGGGAGAAGAGGAUAUUGCUUUAUUGAAAAUGACACUUGACUGGAACUGCUCUCGCCUGACAGUUCCACUGAGAGCUAAACUGAGAGGGGGAGGUUGGCUGGGAAGACGAAAUGGUGUCACUGGGCUCUGAGUUGUCUGGAAUAGGUGUCACUUGAAGUUUUAUACUGGUUUGGGCAGAAGGGACCUACCAGUGGGCAUGCCAUAGGGAAGGGCAUUCUCUCCUUGGACUGUUGCUUCAAAAGGACUCCACUGAAGCUCACAAGUAAUGCCUGCUUAACAAGAGGCUAUAACUCAGUUUUAUGAUGCAGACAAUCCUUUGGUCUCCAGACCUACCCAUAAUAUGUCACCUUUGGUUUAUCUGGCACAGCUGAAGUGUUUUCUUUUUCUUUCCCCCGAUUUACCUUUAUUAGGGACAAAUCUUAUUUGUCUCACUUCAUAGAAAAAAAAUAACAGAAAAAUAAAGCAGUCAGCCUUAUGCGGUGGUGAUGGGCCACACUGUGCUCCAUUCAGACCUCCACUCUUAGAUUAGGAAUGGCUACUAGAAGUUCACAAACUUUAUUUUGCCCAUGAUGUGUCUUUAUUUAGUCCCUGAAAAGCUUAAACCACAAAUGGUUGUUUCAGCUGUGCAAGAAACUGGACAGGGAGAGUAUACAGAUCUCCCCCAUGUCUUACAGUUUUGGUCAUUGUAUUUCACUUUUACUUAAAGCUAACACUCAUCUACACCAGCAUUCUGGGUACUAUUUUUUUUUUUAACCUAUCAAGAUUGCCAAAUACUUAAAUGGUCCCUAUUCACACUUACUAAGGUCAGUUGUAAUCCUUUCUAUGAUUAAUCAUAUUCUAUGUUUAAAGAGAAUGCAGUUUAUAGCAGUGCUUAAACAUUUAGUUUCUCCAUAAGCAUAAAUACUAAUAAACAUUUAAAAACAAGAGGAAGUUAAAAGAGAUCCCAAAGAAAAAGACACAAUAUAAUGAGAAGAUACCUUUCAAAGCAGUAUUAUUCUAUGAAGAAGAAAGGAAGGACAGUGUGUGAGAGGGUUCAAGGACGGAGGGAUGAGGUACAAAUAAAAGCAAAAGGAGAGUUGGGCGAAGGUGGAGCAAAGCAAGGGGAAGGAUGAUGGUGCGGUGGGUAGAUGUACGCAGUGAGAGUGCCCAGGGACCCAGUGGUGUAUCCGUGCUGGCCCUGUGUAUGUGGACAUGUAAUAAUGCACGUGGCUGAUCCACACACAUGAGUGAAGUUAAUGCAGCAAAAUUACGGCCACCACACUGUCCUUAUUUCUCCUAGCUUAAAAGAGAACUUUCUAGAAGGCAAAUAAUUACAUGACUGUUAAUCUUUUACUCCCAAAAUAAUGUGACAAAGGCAGUUGUGUGGAGACUGUAUGCUGGGAAUUGUCAAGCAUGAGUCCUCCUUGUGAAUUCUGUCUUCCCUACUUGGGAUUCUUGCCCAUCAAGGCGCUAUCUCCUGUGUCUUAAUGCCACAGUGUCCCCACAGCACACCCUCUGUGGGCUCGGCACCGGGACCCAGUCUCAGCCCUGUGUGCCAGCUGAUGAGAAACUUUAGAUCAUUUUACAAUAACUUCUAAAAUUUACAUGCUUUUUUGAACUCUCCUACACACCUCACCCAAGCACUUCACUGAAGAGGCUGAUGGAUCAAGUCGCCAGGCAAGGAAAAUGAAGUCUGGUGUUUGGGCUGGGAUGGUUGUUUAUAGCUGCCCCCAUGCUUCAACAAGUUUGUUUACCUGGAUUUGAUUACCGUACACACUUGAAUCUGCUCCAUGACUUGCUAUUGAAACUUCAUGGGGAGGCUGUUCACUAAAAUUUUUAGGAUCUGAACAGACAGACUUAAUAGCUUAAAAGCAAAACUUAUUUCAGAUUUUAACCACCAUUAUAUAGUUUUUCUGUGUUACAUUAGAAAGAGUGUUUCAGUGAAGAUGGACACAUUUUUUAGAAAGGAUAAAAUAACCUCCUUUUUUGAAGUAUCACUACAUCUUCUGACAAAAAUUGCCCAUGAGGAGUUUAUCCACAGACUCUAAGAGGGCAGCCAGUUGGCGUGUCCUCUGCUUUAUCAUCAGGCCUGUGAGCUCCCACUCGGCCCAGUGUUGGCUCUGGGAGCCCUGGGAGAGCUUCCGGACUCCACCUUCUCAAGGCUACGCGGAGACUGUGGUGGCCGCAGGGUCUUCCUUCUCAUAGGGUGUGGACCACUCCUGGGGCCCUGGCCCUGCUCUCCACCAACGUCUGAAGCAGCCUCUUCCCGCAGAGCCUGCCAGUUCUCUGGGCUGCCUUUUAUCCUAACUGAGCCAUCUCUAAGGACUGGCGCUUAGGCUUAAGAGAUCCGAAAGCUCAGAAAAAGGCGAAAAGGAUGAAGGAUACCAAAACCAAACGUGAAAAAAUCUCACUGAGAGUAUUUGAGUCCCUUGGCUCACACCUUUCACAAGAAGGAAUGCCUUUGACCGAGUGACAGUUUUCCUCUUGCUGGUUUAUUACUCACUCGUGGCUUUGGUACACUUCACUUUUGUAGUAAGGUGAACUAAGUAUAGAGAUUCUUGCUCUGCAUUAACAUUUCAAAAUGUGCUAUUGAUCUGUUUUUCUAAACCCCCACCUUCAUAUAUUCAUAUCAGUUAUAUAUGCUGUUUUGUACAAAAUACUGGUUUACAGAAUGUUUUCAAGUAUAUGUACUCUUUAUUCAUUCCUUCAUUAGCAUUAAAACAAUAUAAUAUU